GCUCGCUCCAUUUCGAGGCUGGUGGUGUUGGUGGUGUGGUCGAGGUCCGUGCUUCGUGAAUAAAUUAUCACGAUAUAGGGGCUUUCUGUCGAAUUUUGUGCCCCUUAUUAGACGUGCAAGUGCUGAUUGGUAUCAGAAAGCUCAAUUAGCUGCAGUUGCAGUGAUCAAACGUGUUUUGCGAUCAAAAUGAAGGAAAACGAGCCAGUCACUCAUGAUGCCAAGUCACUUUGCAAAGCUUUUUUGGCUGGAGGUGUGGCAGGAAUGUGCGCCAAGACCACGGUGGCGCCGCUGGACAGGAUAAAAAUCCUCCUGCAGGCCCACAACAAGCACUAUAAGCACCAUGGCGUAUUUAGCGGCCUGCUGAACAUUGUCCGUCAGGAACGGUUCCUGGCCCUCUACAAGGGCAACGGCGCCCAGAUGGUGCGCGUGUUCCCCUACGCCGCCACUCAGUUCGCCGCCUUCGAGAUCUACAAACAGACGUUCCGCAGUCUGUUGGGCCCCAACAGUCACAUUGGCACGUUCGCCAGUGGCUCGCUGGCCGGGGUGACUGCGGUGUUCUUCACAUAUCCGCUGGAUACCAUCCGAGCCAGGCUGGCCUUCCAGGUCACAGGGGAACACAAGUACACCGGCAUACUGCACGUGGCCAGCUCUAUAGUGAAGGAGGAGGGCGGCCCGCGCGCGCUGUACCGCGGGUUCGCGGCCACCAUGUGCGGUAUGGUCCCGUACGCCGGCCUCAGUUUCUACAUCUUCGAGCGGAUGAAGUACCUGUGUAUGCGCUACCUGCCCACAUACACGUGCAACCCGUGUAAGGAGAACACCGGCGGCCUGGUGCUGGCCGUGCCCGCUAAGCUGCUGUGCGGCGGGAUGGCGGGCGCCUGCGCGCAGAGCGUCAGCUACCCGUUCGACGUCACCCGGCGCAGGAUGCAGCUGGCCUACAUGUCGCCCGAGACGAGAAAAUUCGGCGACAUGGGCAUGGUGCAGACGCUGCGCAUCAUCCACAAAGAGAACGGCGUGGUGCGCGGCCUCUACCGGGGCAUGUCCAUCAACUAUCUACGAGCGAUCCCCAUGGUCGCCGUAUCUUUCAGUACGUACGAACUGAUGAAGCAGACCCUCCACCUCGACACGGGCAUCAAGGUCAAGGUCGGCUAGUGUGACGUCAGUGGCGUCCGGACCAAUGGCGAGGCUCGUUUAAGUGUCGUCAUCGGAGGCAGAGGUCGCGGGGUGGGAGCGACUGUACGAGCUAGAUCACGGGCCAGUGGAACAACAGGGGUCAAACGGGCUGGGUAAGAGUGAGCCGGUGAGAUGGAUCAUUGCACGGACCUCUCGGUUUUCCCGUCAUUGACCUCUUGUCCAGGAGGUGUAGCUGCUAUUCCCUGUCGGUUUACCAAGGUGCUGAACGCCCGGCACUGUUGGGGCGGGGAGGGGAUCGGUUGUGCGGGACGCUUCCAUUGGCGUGAAUACUCAAAUAUUAUGGAACUGGGGACAGCACUGGGGGCAGGGGAAGAGUUUGAAAUACUUUCGGGAUAAAUGACGCAAUGGCGGCAUUCUUGUAAAAAUCAAAAUGACAAAAAGAAACUAAUCUUUAAAUAAUAGUUUGUCAAUUACUGUGUCACUAUUGACGGAGGCCGAAAAGUAUACCGGGAAUUUUGAAUGUUUUUUUUUAGGUACGUUACUCCAGCACGAGUCGUAGUACAUUUAUUCUUGAACCUUGUGUCCAGGGCAUGAGCUAAGAUUGUGCCUCCGCCAGCGGGGGAUGGCCCUCACCUACCCCGCGUGCCAGUGUUAUUUAUUACCGGGAGCGAGUGGGCGAGACAGAUCAAACGCGCACAGUGUACCCACGCCUGUGCCGCUCGCACAUUGUUACACAAUUACACUGUUGUACUUGUUAUAUGGAUGCUGCGAAUGUUUUUAGUGAGAUUGUUGACUCUUUAUGGUGCGCACUGGUAGGAUGUGUCUGUUUUAUUGUUUGACUACUCGCGUCAGACCAUUUUGUUCUGAAGUGUUCGAACCGUUUUCUACUAAAUGCGUCACUUUGAUUGAGAUGUUUGAAAAAACGCAAACAUGUCUUGUACUGCUGUAAAUGACAAGGCGCAGACAUUGCCAAGCAUCAGCAUAAAGAUCAGUAAAUAAAGGGCAGUCUAUGAAAAAUGUCACGCUGUGUCACCUUUCAUGCACUACAGCCACUUAAAACGCCUCUUGACAUAUACCUUUAGGCUAGUAUUUCUGAGUUGUUUGCUCUGUUUUAUCGUUCCGUUUUCGCCUGGGUGGUACAUCCGCCCGAUUUUCCAGAUUCCUUCCCUCAAGACUCGUCCACGUUUGCCGCCUGUUUGUUCGACAGUGCGUUCACCUUUUGUCUCCAUAUAACGCUGAUCAGGAGCUCAGGGCGGGCUGCUAAGUAUCGGGCUGCGACGCCUGGCACGUCUGUGCUUUAGCUCACUAGGGCUUCCCCUUAUCUCGUCGAAAUGCGCGCAUCUGUGUCCGCACUACGUUUUGAUGACACCAUAGCUCUGCUUUGUCUACUUGUCUGUCUAGCCGAGCCGUGACUUUGUGUGACGGUCACAGAGUUAUCUCUGUCCGUUUGUCUGUCUGUCUGUCUGUCUGUCUGUCUGUCUGCGUUUGAUUGUGUGUGUCCACCUGUGCCAGUUAGUUGUUGCUCACUCUGAUCUUACCCGCCUCCCCUGUACACACAAUGCAAAUACUUCUUAAUAGGACUGACCGUAUGUUUGAUACGCAAAUGGCGCCAGUUUCGCAAUCAUUGGCCGUACUGAACUUUUAUUUCGUCGCCCUGUGUUCUUGACAAUGCAAUUAGAUGCAAAGGACAUUUUUAUAUAGCCAGUUUUAUUUUGUAGUCGAGCAUCACGGUACGCUGUUGAUUGUUUUUACUGCGCAUUUGUAGCUUUUUUUGUCGCUACCGAAUUUAACCACUUGUUCGUUUUCAAAAAUGUUGUUUAAUCAUUGGUUGCGUAUCGGUAUAGCACAUCUUUGAUUUAUAUUAUGUUUUGAUUGGUGUUUUCCUUUGUUGUUGCUGUAUUUUUGCUUAGUUUACUAAUUAUUUUAACCUUACAAAGACGCUGGAUUUCCACCACCAUGUGUGUGAUAGCACUGCUCUGGCCUCUGUGCUGUUUGGAAAGCACUACGCAUAUGUCUGGUGCUCGAUUCAGGAGACUGGCAAUGCACGCAGGCUGGCAAAAAGACGCAGAUAUAAUUGUGCUCUGUCGUUAUAUUCACCAUGACUGGGUUACGAGUCAGUCCCAUCGUUACUUUCGAUUGUAUGGAUUGUAUGUGUGUGUGUUAGUGAUGCAGCGUGAACGAAUGUUUAUACAGUCGACGAUGAGUAUAUGUACGGCAGCCUCGUGCUGUCAUUGGUUGUGGUCUUUCGGGUAGAAAAUACACACGCCUGUCUCAAA